GGGCCGCGCCGCCCGCUCCCGCCGCUCCGGCAGCCGCCCCGUGGCGCGCCGGCCCGGGCCCCUCGCCCCCAGGCCCGACUCCCGCCUGCCCGGGACUCGCCCCGCCCGGCCACCCGGGAAGAUGCGGCUGCUCCCGGAAUGGCUUCUUUUGCUCUUUGGCCCGUGGCUCCUGAGGAAGGCGGUCACUGCCCAGAUACCAGAAUCCGGGAGGCCGCAGUACCUGGAGUUGCGCCCCGCCGCGGCCGGAGGGGGCGCCCCUGGGCAACAGCUCCCGGCACCGCCGAGGUCUUCCGAGGGCUUGGGCACCGCCCGCGCCUGGAGCUGGGCCUGGCCCGCUAACCACACUGGAGCACUAGCCCGGGAGGGAGCGGCGGGGGCGCCCGCGCAGCGCACCAAGAGAAAGCCGUCUAUCAAAGCGGCCCGCGCCAAAAAGAUCUUCGGCUGGGGGGACUUCUAUUUCCGGGUGCACACCCUCAAGUUCUCUCUACUGGUGACCGGUAAGAUUGUGGACCACGUGAACGGGACCUUCAGCGUGUACUUCCGCCAUAACUCAUCCAGCCUGGGCAACCUCAGCGUCAGUAUCGUGCCGCCCUCCAAGCGCGUCGAGUUCGAGGGCGUCUGGCUGCCGGGGCCCGCCCCCCACCCGCUGCAGUCUACGCUGGCCUUGGAGGGGGUGCUCCCUGGGCUGGGGCCCCCGCUGGGGAUUGCGGCCGCGGGGCCAGGGCUAGGAGGCACUCUCGGGGGCGCGCUGGCGGGUCCGCUCGGGGGCGCGCUGGGAGUGCCCGGGGCCAAAGAGUCACGCGCUUUCAAUUGCCACGUGGAGUAUGAGAAGACGAACCGCGCGCGCAAGCACCGGCCGUGCCUGUACGACCCAUCGCAGGUGUGCUUCACUGAGCACACGCAGAGCCAGGCCGCCUGGCUCUGUGCCAAGCCCUUCAAAGUCAUCUGCAUUUUCGUCUCCUUUCUCAGCUUUGACUACAAACUGGUGCAGAAGGUGUGCCCAGACUAUAACUUCCAGAGCGAGCACCCCUACUUUGGAUAGCGCGACCCGCCCUCGCCCGGGCCCUGAGCUUCCCGCCAAAUCCCCAGCUCCCUAAGUGGGACCCCUCCCUGUGCCCACAUCCACAACUUCCAGCCUGGGCGUGGAGAGAAACAGCCCUCCCAGGGACCAUCGGCUGGCGAGCGCCCCCUUUUCUCUGUGGGGGUGCCCACAAGGCUGAAGGUAGCUCCCUUGGCUACAGAACAACCCAAAGUGAAGGGGAAAGAGCGAAGCUCCAGAAUAGGUGGGGCUUGGAGGCGGUCCCAGCGUCCCCUGCGUCCACACUGAGUCCGCUUUACGCCGCUGGCGCUGGGCUGGAUUCUCCCUUUGCCCACAGCUUUAAUAACGCCUGGCCUGGCACCCUCAUCCCACCGUGACUUCCUUACCCCCUGGCGCUUGUCCCCCACCCUGUGCCCAUGUAAAGACCAUAAGGUCUUGUAAACCGCAGCCUAUCCCGUUAUCCUUCUGCCUGCCGAAUGCCAGUCCCUCCCGUUCCCCGAAACCCCAAUAAUUAGGGUAGCAGAAGCAGAACUCCUGGGCGAAGGCGAUUGACUCGGGCCCCUGCCCUCUGCCCGCCUCCCUCCUGUCCCUGCCGUCUUGCUCCACCUUUCCGGCUGCUUCCUCUCAGUGAUUUUAUUUAUUUAUUUAACGCCAAAACAGACGGGAAAGGGAACAAAAUAAAGUGAAAUCCAAUAC